UCCGGAGCCACGAGCUGCGUCCGCUGCUUCCACCUGGCGCUGCGCUCGCCCAACGUGCUGCAGGUGCACACCGAGGGCCUGGACAAGUGCUACCUGACGGAGGAGCGCGCCCGCGCCUCCUGCCCCAACGAGGCGGCCCUGCGCGCGCGCGCCGCCCACACCACCCACACCGAGAUCAUCCUCUACAAGACGCGUGACCACCAAGGGCAGCCUGUGCGUGAGCAAUACUGCCCCAUCAGCGGCCACUUCUCCUUCACGUCGCGCGGCGGGCCGGGCGGCGGGGGCGGCUUCGGCGGCGGCGGCUUCGGGGGCGGCUUCGGCGGCGGGCCGCGCCGCGACUGCCCCAACGCGCAGAUGUCGCAGGUGGACAGCUGCCCGUCGGGCUCGCAGCUCAACAUGCGCUACCGCAACUGCAACUUCCCCGACUUCGACGUGACGUACGCGUGCCUGGGCCACUGGGAGGGGCCGGCCGGCCAGCACUACCUCGCGCUGCUCAACCGCGCCCUGUUCGCGGAGGACGCGAGCACGGGUGCCGUGGCCAUGGCCUUCUCCAGCGACUCCACGUGCCGCUCCGACCUGCGCAACGCGUCGUGGGGGUUCGAGGCCCUGCAGCUGACGCCGGUGGCCGCGCAGCCCUGGCCCGACGCCGCCGACGCCGCCGCCUGCCGCUUCCCGGCCUGGGCGCAGGGCCGCUGGCAGCAUCUGCACGUGGACGGGAACACGCUGGUGUACCGCGACCACACCAACUUCCGCACGUACACGGCGCGCUGCGUGGGCGGGCGGGCGGCGCCGGGCGAGGAGCGCUUCCUGGUGUACGCGCGCACGCAAUGGAAG